AUGGCACCCACUCAAUUGGAAAUCAAGGUUAGAGCUCUCCAAAGGCUUGUCAAGGAGGAGAAAUACUAUAUCAAUGAGCUUGAAGAGCAGAAGGCUCACAUAGAGAGACUGAAACAAGACCCUCAAAUCGAUCAAUACGAUCUCAAGAAACAAGUAGAGGUCAUGGAAGACACUAAGAGGUUACUUCCAAAAUUUUACGAGAAGGUAGAGCAAUUUUUUGCCGACCUGUCCAACUUUGUAAAGGAAUACCAGGGUGAAGAAGACCUCACUGAAGCUAAGAAAGCCCUAGAAAGUGCAAAGGUUGUAUUAGAUAAAAACAAAUCGGCGUAA